UGUAAACGGCUAGAAUAGAACGUUUGUUAGUAAGUUAAAUUGAGUAGUAAUGUAAUAUUUAUGGUGAUGGAGUGUAAGUUUGUUGUGUGAGAGUGUCGUGUUGAGUGAUUUCUCGUUUGUGAGUGAAAUUGUAAAGAUUUGUUGUGAUUGAUGUGUUGAUGUGAUGCUAGAAUGAGUGAGACACACCACACAUGGAUUGAGAUUAGAGAGGGCCGUGAGGGACAACAAAGUUGAUGAGGUGGAAAGUCUUCUGAAAUCAGGAGCGUCACCUAGUGCGUGUGAUGCUUAUGGAUGUCUUGUACUUGGGACAGCUUGUGAUAGAGGCUUCACUUCCAUUGUAGAAAUUUUGUUGCAGAAAGGUGCAAAUGUAAACAAAACUACUCUUCAUGGUAUGACUGCUUUAAUGUAUGCAGCACUUCAUGGUUAUGAUUCACUAAUUGUUAUGUUAUUAUUAGCUAAUGCUGAUGGUAAUCAGAAGGAUAAGGUUGGAUGGACAGCAUUGCAUUAUGCUGCUAACAACAAUCACUCCAAAGUUGUUCGUAUUCUGUUAGAGAAUGGAUGUGAUAUGAAUAUAAAAUCCAAUCCUCUCAAUCCAGUUGAUUAUAAAAAUCAGUGGCAUGCAGCUUAUUGACUCUCUAGACGGGAACGGAGUCCACAGAUUGGCGUGUAUUGCUAACGCCGAUUAUCUGAAAUGAAUGUAACGUUUGACGAUACUUUAGUCUUAGCAAGCAGCUCUUCUUACGAUAUUGGCUCUCCUCACGGUGAACUGGAAACAUCUAGUCGUGGGAAAACAGAAGCUAGUGCAGUGGACCUACCAUGUUCAGGAAGUGUAGAGUUGACUCUUAGUUGCAUGUGUUGCGUACUACGUACGACUUGUUUUCAAUGCACGAACUCUGAGUGCUACACACA